AUGUCUGACCCAACCUUCACAGCGACUGAGCUCCAACGAGUCCAGACAAUAACCCAUCGAGAUCAGCGGCGGUCUGAGGCAUUUUUCGAGGAUCGAGAGCUAGAGCAACGGCAGACCCGAGACCUUUCCUCAAGCGUGUGGGCGCCAGCGCUACAGCAACACGACCCGUGCCCAGACACGACUAAGUCGACUUGCAGCUAUCCGGUGUCGCUGAAGCAUGAUGGCAACAAGUGUGUAGACAACGUGCCAGCAGCAGCGCGCGAUCGGUGUCAGCACAGUCGGACUAGAGCCAGCGCUAUCCCAGCUAACCUCCUUCAAAAAGGGAAAGUAGGUCCUAGCUCAGGGAAGGGUUUGAGGAACAAAUGUUGGAAAACCAUUUGGAAACUUUCUAUUAAAAACAAGGUUAAACACUUUUUGUGGAAGUGCUGGUUCAAAUUUCUUAGCACAAAUGACCAGUUGAGUAGAAGGAAGAUAGCAGUGGAUAGCACCUGUGCAAUGUGUGGUGAGGCAGAGAAAGAUCUGGACCAUCUAUUGUUCAAAUGUGAAAAAGCUGUGAGAGUAUGGAAGUUGAGUGGUGUCAUCUGGAACAUGCAGCAAGGACAAGAUUCAAGCUUCAGAACAUGGUGGGAAGAUGUAAGUGGAGCUGCUCAAUCCCCUAACAUCAAGGACAGAAUCACUCUCUCUUCCUACAUACUCUGGUGGCUCUGGAUAACCAAAUAUUUAUGGGUGUUCCAACAAAUAAAAUUGAGUGAAGUACUAACAGCAAAAGGUUCUUUGGCUGAAUGGGCAGAAUUUGAAGAAAUUCAGACAAAAAAAAAUGAAGAAAAGUACCCAGACAGACAAGGAGAUAAGGACAAUGAGGAGCAAUUUUCUUUGGAGGUAGGACAGUGGGCUCUUUCUGUCAGUGCCUCAAGCCCUCAUUGA